AUGAUUACGCAGAAAGAGACUGACAAUCGAAUACCAAGCUCUCUCCCAUCUCCUACCUCGGAUGGAACUAAUGCGAGAUGCGGCCUUUGGGCGUAUGCCGACGUUGGAGAUGACUGUGGCACCCUUACUGAUCAGUACGGCAUUUCACUGUCCGACUUCCGGGGUUUGAACCCCGAAGUUGGGGAGAACUGUACGAAUCUCAACCUCAAGCACUACUACUGCGUUGAGCUCUCGAGAUACUCAGGCUACGAGGGUUCCAGAAUAAGGAGACCGUUCGUGAAGAGGCCCUCAAGAAUGCCACUCCCGGACCCGAUCAUCGGCGAUUGGCUGGCCAAUUUUACCACGGCAAGACCUGUCAGACCUGUCAUCCCGGUUGCUGAAGGACACGCGGCCGGCGAGGUAGAGGGCUGCACGCGGUGGUCGGCUCCGAAGAGUCACGCCACGUGCAAGGGUCUGCUGAUUCAAUGGGGUCUGGACAUGUCGACAUUCUACGAGUGGAACCCGAGCGUGGGGGAGGACUGCAACAAUAUGUCCGUGGGCACGUGGUACUGCGUGUCGAUCGACGAGCACGGCCUCCCGCCCGAGCUGGUUGAUACACCCACAACUACCGCCGCGACGAGCAGCACGAGCAAUACGGGACCGUCCAGUGUGAGCACAGUCACUACGGGCGUCUCGACCCCGUCGCUUAUCCAGACGGAUAUGGUGGGAGAACUGUGA